CCUCACCUGUGGAGGGCAGCAGAGCCGCGGAGCUGCAGCCAUUUCAGCCGCAGAAGAAGAACCUCCCCCAGGCGCGGAAGCUAAGCCAGAGGGAGGCAGAGUCGGCUAAAGCUAAAGCUAGGCUAAAUCAGCUGGAGGAGCAGUGGAGUCUGGAGCGAGUUACAUGGCGGUGCAGGUGUGGUGCCUGUCGUUCCGGCAGCCGUACGCCGGGCUGGUUCUGGACGGCGUGAAGACGGUGGAGAGCCGCUGGCGGCCGCUGCUCGGCGCCCUGGAGAACCAGACGCUAGCGGUGCACAUCGCCCAGCGGGACUGGGACGGAGACGAGUGGCAGGCGGUGCUGAGCGGCCCGCUGGGGCUGACCCCGCCGCAGAUACAAGCGCUCCUCCAGUCCGGAGAGAGGUUUGGCCGGGGUGUGGUGGCUGGAUUGGUGGACGUGGGCGGGACCUGGCAGUGCCCCCCCUCCCUGCAGGGGGCGGAGCUUCAGGAGCUGGAGCGCUCGGCUGCUCUGAUUGGUCUGCAGGAGAAACACCUGACGCGGCUGUCCAACCCGCGCUGGCUGAAGGCGCCGCUGAGCGCCCGGGGGGGCCGCGACCUCUGGACCGUGGAGAUCCCCGCAGAGCUGUUACCAUGACGACGCACACGCCACAGACUCUCAGAGCUGUUACCGUGACGAUGGACAGACAGACGAGUUAAACGUGUCCGGUCUGCUGAGGUUUUGAGGCUUGUUUCUACAUUUCUGGUUCAGCGAUUCCUCUUCAGACGAGUGACUACGUCUCCGUCUGCUGCCUUGAUAUUCUUUAGACGUUUUUUAGGGGUUUCUGUCACUUUCUCUACAUUUCUUUCUAUGAAGUCUCAAGUCAAAUAUUCCUGUACUGUCUCUUUAAGGCCCAGACACACCGACCAGACGGCCGGCCGUCGCAGUAGAGCCA